AAAAGAAACGAAAAGGACCCAAAAAAGGCCUGCGGGCGGCUGCUGCGCGCACAGAGGCCGAGCGGCGGGGGACGGUGGGCUGAGCCAGAUAAAAAGUCAGCUUUUUGAAGAGGACAUGUGAUUGGAAGUUGUCUAAUUGUUGAAGUGUUGGGAACUCCAGUCUCUAAAGUCUUAGAAAAACAACUGAGGAUUUAUACUUUGUCAAGGGCUGCCAAAACAAAGUACUACCAACUGGGUGGCUUCCACAACAGGCAUUUAAUUGUCUCAAGUUCUGGAAGCCAGGAGUCUGAGAGCAAGGUGUCGGGCUGGGCUGGCGCCCUUCUGAGGCCUUUCUCCUUGGCUUGUUGAUGGCCAUCUUCUCCCUGAGUCCCUUCCUGUCAUCUUCCGAGUAUGCAUGUCUGUGUCCAGAUUUCUUCUUCCAAGAACACGUCAGAUUGGGUUAGGGUCCACCCGCUUGAUGAUCUCCCUAAAGGCCCUAUGUUCAAGUGAACCAGAGUUCUUCAUUAUGUCUGAUGGAGACUAUGAUUACCUCAUCAAGUUUUUAGCUUUGGGAGACUCUGGAGUAGGGAAGACCAGUGUGCUUUACCAGUACACAGAUGGCAAAUUCAACUCCAAAUUUAUCACAACAGUGGGCAUUGAUUUCAGGGAAAAGAGAGUGGUGUACAGAGCCAAUGGGCCAGAUGGAGCUGUUGGCAGAGGCCAGAGAAUCCACCUGCAGUUGUGGGACACAGCAGGACAGGAGAGGUUUCGGAGCUUGACAACAGCAUUCUUCAGAGAUGCUAUGGGGUUUCUUCUGCUUUUUGAUCUGACAAAUGAACAAAGUUUCCUCAAUGUCAGGAACUGGAUAAGCCAGCUACAAAUGCAUGCAUAUUGUGAAAACCCAGAUAUAGUGUUAUGUGGGAAUAAGAGUGAUCUGGAAGACCAGCGACAAGUAAAAGAGAUUUACCUAAUCCCCUACUUUGAAACUAGCGCUGCCAACGGGACAAACAUAAGCGAGGCGAUCGAGACGCUCCUGGACCUGAUAAUGAAGCGGAUGGAGCGGUGCGUGGACAAGUCCUGGAUUCCCGAAGGCGUGGUGCGGCCCAAUGGCCACCCCUCUGCUGACCAGUUAAGUGAAGGAAAGCCGAAGGGGGCCUGUGGCUGUUGAAGAGUCACGUGAGCUCCACGAUGAAUUGCGUGGCCCGUGUCUGGAAUCUCCUCUAUGGGUGACACACGGCACAGAGAGAGAUUAACGGGCAUUGUGUACAGACUCCUCACUAUCCCGAUUAGGCCAAUCAAUAAAGCAUCCAGUUUUAAAAUCAGUUUGCCGCAGCUUUUUAAAUGUUUCUCUAAGAUUCAGCCUGAGAGUUAGGAGGAAUGUUGCACAUAGCCAAAAGUGCCUUCUAAAACCUUACCUAGCCAAUGGCAGUAGAUCAUUCAAGGAUUCGGGAUUUUUGUAGCCACAGAAGAGUGCAUUUAUUGUGAAGAAUGACUGAAGAUAUCGUCACCUGCCUUAACAGAGAUCGGCCCGGUGUCUCACAUUCGAGAUCUUAGAUGCAAUUAUAAAACUAUCAGUCUUUAACCCAAAUGGAAAUAUCUUACUUGUACUGUAGGUGACCUUCUAAAAUGCCUUGAAUAUUAAACCCCUUGAAUAUUAAACAAGAAUAUGCACAAACAUCGGGUUCAGUGUCCUCAAGUAUUAAUUCAUGUAAGCAUUCUCUUUAAAAUGAGUAUUGGACAAAUUAUGGCCACAUCUCUAGACCCUGGAUAAACUGGAUCAAUCAAGUAUGUACUGACUGUGAUUCUUGUUUGUGGGGAAGGGAUUGGGGCUGAGGGCGGGGGUGGCUUACGAUAGCAUGAGCAACUGAAAUGGGGCUUAAUGCCCAGUGCGGCUGCUGUGUUCCCACUGCUCUUCAGGUUUGAUGGAAGGGACAGAGAACUAGGUUGUCAUGGCUUCAGUUCACUGUGAUCUUAGCAUUUAUCCUUGGCCCACACGUGGCCACAUCUGAACACAGCUGGUGCUUAUGCUAAGUUGUUUGUAAUAAGUAAAUAUUUAGCUUCUUUUUCUUCAUAUUUGUAAUGUUGGUCUGGUGUCCUCUUUCAAUUGGCAUGUGAACUACCAAUCUUCGGUCUUCACCAUCAGGCCCUGGAUUGUGGAUCUGUGCAACUUGUUUUAUUUUUACAUUGGCGGAGUUGAAGGAAUUUGUUCUUAAUUAUGUAAAAUGUCCUUUUGCUAUUUAGUGGACAAUUUAAUUUAAUUUAAGUGGUUACUUUUGCACUCCAGCUCAAUAUAAGGAAAAUAAAGUGUUCUAUGGCCUGUAUUCUUCACUGGGAUCAGGGGCAUCUGUAUUUGCUGGGUCUUGCCAAGGUCACGUAUUCUUCUACACUGCCAAAGUGUCUUUAUACCCAACUAAAGAUGGUUUUAAAAUGUGCUUUGUGGCAGUUUAUAAAGGUCAAAGGGGACAAUUCUUAUUUAUUAAAGUGGUUUAAAUAGAUUAAAAUUUCCAAAAAGUUUAAUAACUAUUUAGAGAACAAUACAUUAUAAUUUAAAUAAAUGUAUUUACAUAAAAUAAAUAUAAAUGUAUGUUGUGGUAGCAGAUGUUUGGCAAAGUGUAAUUAGAAAAAUACAACUUUUUUGGAAAGUAAUUGCUUUUACAUAAUUAUUUUCAAAUGGCUUUUUCUUGAGUACCUAUUCUGUUUUGUUUUGUUUUGUUUAUUUUUGCCACAACUCCCUUAAAAAACUUAGCUAUGGUUACUAAGAUGUUAUGUAUUUCUGUCCUUAAAAUGAGAACUUCUUUUAAAUCCUAAAGAAGCCAUUGUGUCCUAUGCAUUUGAAUUGUAUAUUCUAGUGAGGAAAGAUUCAGACACUUCAAGGGCAGAGUCAUGCUCACAGUGGUACCUUCUCAAGUGGCCAUGUCAGUGGAGUAAAUCAUAUUUUUACAUUUACAUAUCAGGGAACAUUUUAUAUGGUCUGUUUGUAUAAUUAAAAAGAAGAUGAUUUUGUAUGUUUCUGUUUUUUUAAGAACCAAAUGAGCAAUUAGCCACAGAUCCUAUUGGCCUUAAACAUAAUAUACAAUUAAAACAUGUAUACCUGAUACAGUGCACAUACAUGAACUGUCUUUAAUUAUUGAAAUAAAUAAAUUGUAUUCUCUUUGGAAA